CACAAGAAUAAAUUAAACUGCUAUGAACGAAUAAUCGAAUGGUGCACCAAAGACAAAGAAAUGCACCAUUGUGUUGUUCAAUCUUCUACUUUUUUCAAAAGUUUCUGUACAUCUGUAGAAUAUGUAGGUACCGAUGUAUAACUACCUGGCUCUGCUCGGCAUGCGCCUGCGCUGCCGCCGCUAAAUUCUGAAACCUGAUUGGUUGCUUUGCUAGCCCUCAUUAUAGCGUUUGAGGCGGUUUGAGGUAUCAUUUAUCUACCUGAACGAACCCAGUCUUAUAACAGGUUCAUUAGUUUUAAGAUAUUGCUUAUGGCUAAAAGAAACAAUGACUAUUUAAAGAACUUUUAAUGAGAAAUGAGUUUAUUUAAGUAAUAAAAUGGCAGAAGCCUAUCGGUACAGUUUGAAUAAUAAAACCAAUAGAGAAACAACUAAUCAGGAUGAAAAUUUUUGCAUAUUGAAUGUUUUGUGUGUGUUUAUUUCUCUCGUAACAAUACUUGCUGACUUAACAACAGAUAUUCUUGUAUUUGCCGAAUAUUGCCAUGGUGGUCAAUUAUAUUGGGGUUUAGCCACUAUUUUACUUAUUUUAUUACCCAACUUUGUGGUAAAUACUUUUUCGUUACGAUGGUACAUAAAUGAUCAAAAAUUCAAUCUUCAUCAUUGGAUCACACAUGGGUUACUUGUGGGCUUUAUAGAAAGGUAUUUUAUAUUCAUCUACAAAGUUUUUGCAUGUAAAAAUAUAGAGGCAAUCAAGACGAAAAAAUAUGUUGAACAAAGAAAUGACCUAUCAUUAUUACACUUUUUGUAUGUAUUUUCGGGAACUAUUCCACAGAUUAUUUUGCAUUCUUAUGCUAUCGUGAUUUUAGAUGGGAUUUUUUACACGAAAGUAUUCGCACUAAGUGCAUCAAUAGCAUCAGUUACAUGGAGCUGUACUACUUAUAUUUAUAAUAAAGCAGUGAAUUCAAAUGAAAUGAAAAAAUGGACAACAUUUUUACUAAAAGUAGUUUGGAAUUUUGGUGUAUUACUUAGUCGAAUACCAAGCAUAUUGAUAUUUUCUAUAAUAUUUGGAAUUUGGACGCUAAUUCCUUUAGGUUUACACUGGAUGGCAAUGAGUUUUUGGAUUAUUCUACAAAAAACGACAUUUUGUUCGAAUAAAUUCGAGAAAACGCUGUAUAAUCUUGUAAUAGGAUUUGUUUACUGUUUUUGUUAUAUCGAUUUGGCUGAAGGGAAUACAAGAUACAGAUUAAUGAUGUUUUAUACACUCAUAUUAACUCAAAAUUUUGGCACUCUGCUCUUAUAUGUCUCAAUAUCUGAUUCGAUUGAGCUGGUAAAGACAUGGUUUAUUGGUUCUACGAUCUGCAUUUUAGUUGGGACUAUAAUUGGCGUCGUUGCAUUUAUUACGUACUAUCGCUGUUAUUCUUUAAAAGAAUUAAAGGAAGACGAAGAAAACUCCAUCGAUGACAUUGAGUUGAACAAUAAGAAAAAUAAGGAUACUGUUAGUCAUGAUAUUUCCAAGCAAGCAAAACCCAUUCAGGAAUCCAAUGUAUCAGAACCCAAUGCAAGGUCUAAAAGACACAGGAAAAAGAGAAACACAAAAAAAGUAACACCUAUGCAGUCACUACCUUUAAAUGAGAUGCAAAACCCAGAUAAAAAAUUCUUAUUGGAACAUUGGAUAGGUGCAUCCAAAACUCCUACUUUUCCUACUACACCUGCGACCAACACGAGCAUGGAUAUUUCAAACAUUGAAGUUUAUACGGUAGAAAACACCCCACAGACUUUUUCCGUACAACGAGACGAACUUAAAUAUAAUAGAAGCAAUAACAGAAUAAUGAAAAAAUACAAAACUGUAUGCUCACCAACGGAAUUGAUGUUGAAAUUAUCUGCAAUUGAAAAUAUUGAAAGCUCGAUUGAUGAAAUAACUUCAAACAAUAUAAACAUACAGAAAAGAAGAGGUAUUUGUUCUUCAGAUGAAUUAAGGGAUGAAUUAAUAAAUAUAAAUAUGGACAUUGUGAACGAAGCUUUUAUGAAAUCCUUGAAAACAGAUCGUAGUUCAGAAAUAAGUCACGAUACCGAUGGUUCCAAUAAGAAGACUUCUUCAGAUUCCAUAGAUAUGGACUUAGAUUUAAGUUUUAGUGAUAUUAACAGUUCCGAUAUAAAUACUUUUAAUGAGAAUAUUGUACAAAAAUUGUGUUUGAGCGCAUUAAAAAACAUUAAAGUAGGGAAUCAGGAUGCUGAUAUUGAAAAUAUACAACGUAUAGCAUUGGAUAUUUUAAAAGAAAUGUAUACAAAAAAGGACAAAAGCAAAAGUAGAAUCGCAAAAGAUACUUCAAGUGUAAAGAAUCGUGACUUAGACACUCCGACAGAAAUGUUAUCAGUUCAUGAUUAUGAAAAUAUCUGCGCAGUUAAUAUUGCAAGGGAAGCUUGGGGUUUACGAUCUUGGAACGGUUAUUCAGAUAUUGAAAAUUGGCAACAUGAUGGAAGCGUAGUUAGAGAUAGAAGGACGGAUACGUUUACAUCCGAAAGUUCUGAAAUUAGUAGUUGCUUAUCUCAGGAAUUAAAAAAUGCAAUUUUAUCUGCACCACCAUUUUCCAAAAGAACACCUACCUAUUCUAAUAUAUCAAUGAAAUUCGAUAGAAGUAAUCAAGAAGACUAUGCAGAUUCAACAAUUUGUCAGUCAACAGAUGAAACAUUCCUAGCGAAGCCAUGUGUUCUAGAUGUAAAUAAAGAUCCUAAUCAUCUUGAACCAAUAUUAGAAGAAUUAGAUGAUCUAUGUGACAUAGAUUCUCCAACUAAGAAAAGGUUGAAUUCUGAAAGCUCUUUAGUAGCUACUAUAGAUGAAAUUAGGAAAGCUUUUGUUACCAAUUCACCUAAACACAUAUAUCACAGGCGAGAUCAUGUAUGGGAUUCCCCUCAUUCAAGUACGUCAGUAACAAUCGAAAAUACAUUAAAGCAAGCUCUGUGGAAGGAGCCUUCCAAAUUUGAUUCUAGCAAUAUAAUGGAUUCAUUGCCAGAAAAAGAAAAUAUCUGCAACAUGUCCCAUGGCUAUAAAUACGAUACAAAUAAAGUAACAACCAAGUUAGGAAUUGCGCCUCCAAUAGAUUUAUUUUAUCCAGGUAAUGAUCCGAUUGGCAAUCACGAUUCCAAGAGACGGGUGAAAUUAAAUGAAUGCAAUAUAAAACUGCAAAAUAAGAAGAUAAAUAAUAGGACAGAACAUCUUCAAGAUCUUUCAAACAAAGAUAUAGAUAUGCUAUGGCAACUUGUGUCUGUAAAUUCAUUACCACAUAGUUCAGUUGAAGACCUAACAUCAAAUCGAAUAUCAACUUCAUUGCAGUCAUUAAUACAAAAAGACUCAUCUGUGACGCCAAUAGCACCUAAAAUAACAAAUAUAAAAAAAAGUGUCAGAAGUAAACCAAGGCGAAAAUUUUCAAUUUUGAGAGAAAGAUUUGAACCAAAAAUUAAUUUACAUUCUGAUAAGGAAGUUCUUUGUCUCGGUACAGAAACUUUAUCUUAUUCUGCGGACACGAACAUUGUUAACGUGAAAAAUGAUUUGGACCGUGACCGUAAUGACAAAUCCCGGGUAGACAUGAAAACUAACUCUCAAACUGUUGAUUCCAUGUCUACUAAAAGUAUUAAAGAAAAGAGGUCCCUGUUUAUGAAACAGGUGUUAAGCCCACCGAAAUUCAAUACAAAAUUAAGACAUAAAAUGUAAGAUUCCUCUUCAUGAAAAAAGUAUGAGUAAAAAAAAAACAAAGAUCUCACGACUUAUGUAGUCAUUAAACAAUAUAAAAGUAGAAAAAGAAUGCUCAAUGACGUGACGUAUGGUGAAUAUAGGUAUAGUAUACAGCUAUAUAGCUUCUACUCUUAUAAUUUUAUUUUUGUAAGUCUUUGAAUAAUAUUUUAAUAAGAUUUAGCAAAGAACUAUGUAUAAAAAAAUAUUAAGUAGUAUUUAAUCAUGAAAAUCUGUGAUGUUUGUGCCUUUCGUUAACUCUAAUUGCCAGUAUUUUUAGACAAUUAGACAAUUUGGAUUCGUUUAACUCAGUGAUGUUACGAAAAUAUUUGAAUAAUAAUUUGGUUAGGGCCAGCCCGAUCUCCAGUGAGAAUUUCA